UGGAAAAAUGUUUUUUGAUUUUUCUUUUUCUUCAGAUGUCUGAAGAGUUGGUAAAGCAGUUGAGCAAUUAUAAAGCUCAGCUGCAGCAGGUGGAAGCGGCGCUCUCUACAGAUCCAGAUAAUGAAGAUCUGCUUAAACUACAGAAGGACCUCCAGGAGGUGAUUGAGUUGACAAAAGACCUGUUGACAUCACAGCCGGUGGAGGGUGCAACCAGCACCAAAAGCUCAGAGGCAGUCGCUCCCACUCGCAGCUGGAGGGUCGGAGACCAUUGCAUGGCCACCUGGACCCAGGACGGACAGGUAUAUGAAGCAGAAAUUGAAGAGAUUGACACUGAGAACGGCACAGCAGCCGUCACCUUCGCUGGCUAUGGUAAUGCAGAGGUGUUGCCGCUUCAUGUGCUCAAACCAGUGGAGGAAGGCAGGAGCAGAGAAGACGAGGGGGGAAAGCCCAAAUCCAAGAAAGAGCUGCUGGCAGAGCAGAGGGAAUAUAAGAAGAAAAAGACCCAGAAAAAGGUGCUGCGCAUGAAGGAGCUGGAGCAGGAGAGAGAAGAUCAGAAAUCCAAAUGGCAGCAGUUUAACAAUAAAGCCUAUUCCAAGAAUAAAAAAGGACAGGUGAAGAGGAGUAUAUUUGCAUCUCCAGAGAGUGUGAAUGGAAAAGUUGGCGUUGGCACGUGUGGUAUCGCAGAUAAACCCAUGACCCAGUACAAUGACACUUCAAAAUAUAAUGUCAGGCACCUAAUGCCCCAGUGAUCUCCCUUGUGUUCUGUCUGUUCCCAUCUGUAAUCACCAAACAUAAAAAUGAAUCAAACUGAAACCCACUUAGAAAUCAUAAACAGAUCUGAUUGGACAUGAAAUAAAUAUAGUAACACAUUUCCCUCGUUUUGUUUCUAGUAAUAGUGGGUGUUUAUUCUGUGGAUGUUGGAGCUGUUCUGUACUGAACGAGUCUCUGGAUGUUGUAACUAAUAAAACAUCAGUCCUCAGUGAAGCACAACUCCUGGUUAGUUUUACAGGUUUUUUUCCUCAUGCUCUCAGGACCAAGUCUGCAG